AUGAAGACUCUCUAAAUUGAGAAGAUAAGAGAACUCAUGAUGAACCCUAACCAAAUCAGAAAUAUGUCUGUCAUAGCCCACGUUGAUCAUGGUAAGACUACUUUAACUGAUUCCUUAUUAGCUAGAGCUGGUAUCAUAUCUGAAAACAACGCUGGUAAAGCAUGUUUGAUGGAUACUGACCCUAAGGAGUAAGAAAUGGGCAUCACCAUUAAGUCUACUGGAGUUUCCUUAUACUAUCAAAAUACUGUGACCAAGUAGGAGAGUAUCAUUAAUUUGAUUGAUUCUCCUGGUCAUAUUGACUUUUCUGGUGAAGUCACUGCUGCUUUAAGAGUUACUGAUGGAGCUCUUGUAGUAGUGGAUGCUGUUGAAGGUGUUGCUGUUCAGACAGAAACAGUUCUAAGGCAGGCUUGCCAAGAGCGAAUACGACCCGUUCUUGUAAUUAAUAAGCUAGACAGGCUUUUUAGUGAACUUAAGGAUGAUUAUGAAAAUAUUUAUCAAAGACUUGUUAAGAUUAUAGCAAAAGUUAAUUCCAUCUUAGAGAUGCAUGAAAACGAUUCUAUCAGAGGUUACACUUUAGAUCCUUCACUAGGUAACGUUGCCUUCUCUUCUGGUAAGUAGUGUUGGGGAUUCACCUUAAAAACUUUUGCAAGAAUUUACAGCCAAAAAUUCUCAACCAAGGAGGAAACCUUAAUGGCUAAGUUAUGGGGAGAUAACUACUUUAACUCUCAAACCAAAUCAUUCACCUCAGAAAUAACCAAAAUUAAUAACUAAAACAAGAAAGCUUUGCGCUCUUUCAUUGAAUUCGUUUUAGUUCCUUUAGAUAAGUACUACUCUGCUUCUUCAAGCGCAGAUGUAGAAGUUCUAUCUAAGAUGGUUGAAAAGCUCAACCUCUCUACUAUUUUAACUACAGCUGAAUUAGAAAGACUCAAACAAGUUGAUGUUCAAGAGAGAAUCAAAAGAACUAUGAGAGCUUGGUUACCUUUAGCAGAUGCUAUACUUGAAAUGGUCUAAGAUCACCUUCCUUCGCCUAAAGAAGCUAUGAAGUAUCGUAGUUUGUAUCUCUACGAAGGGCCUGCAGAUGAUGAGGCUUGCACAGCCAUGAGAGAAUGUAAUUCUGAGGGACCUCUUAUGCUUUAUGUUUCAAAAAUGGUCCCAACUGCAGAUCUCAGCAGAUUUUAUGCUUUCGGUAGAGUAUUCAGUGGUACAAUUUCUCAAGGAAUGAAAGUUAGAGUUCAAGGCCCUGAUUACAAGCCAGGAAGUAAGGAAGGUCUCUUUAUCAAAACUAUCUAGAGAACCUUUUUGAUGAUGGGUAAAUAACACGAACCUAUCGAAUCAGUACCAGCUGGAGGUACUGUCCUCAUUUUAGGUGUUGAUAAUGCACUUACUAAGACAGGCACUCUUACAACUUCUGAAACAGCACAUAAUAUCAGAAACAUGAAAUAUACGAUUUCACCUAUAUUGAGAGUUGCUGUUAAUACUCCCAACUAGCAAGAUCUUCCACGUCUUCUUGAAGGUCUUAAGAUGCUUCAAAAGUAUGACCCUCUUGUUUAAGUAGAAGUUGAUGAAAAUACAGGUUCUUAUGUUGUUGCUGGUGGUGGAGAGCUACACGUCCAAAUUUGUCUAGAAAAGCUCAAUGAUUUCACCCACAAUUCUAUCAAUAUCGUCGCUUCUCAGCCCACUGUAUCGUAUAGAGAAACCAUAGGUGAUAAGAGUUCUUAAAUGUGCCUUGCUAAGACUGCAAAUAAGUUGAAUCGUUUAUAUGGUACUUGCGAACCUCUAGAUGAAGAAUUAGGAUCAGCUAUUGUAAGCAACAAAAUAAAUAUACAGGAAAUCAAUAGUUAAGAAACAAUCAACAGUUUGGUGAAUGAUUACUCAUGGGAAAGAGAAGAUGCAAAGCGUAUAUGGUGCUUCGGUCCUCUAGAAAAGGAAUCAACUAAUUGCAUCGUAAACCAAACAGUUGGUAUAUAAGGUAUGCCUGCCAUUCAGCCUUCAAUCAUAACAGCUUUCGAAUGGUGUACAAAGGAAGGUCUUUUAUGUGAUGAACCCCUAAGAAAUAUUCGUUUUAACAUUAUGGAUGCAGUAAUACAUGUAGAUCCAGCUCACCAUCGUAGCAAUUAAAUAACACCAGCUGCUAGAAGAUUAUUUAAGGCUUGCCAAUAUGUGAGUGAACCUAAAAUUCUGGAGCCAUUUUACUUAUGCGACAUUAGAAUUCCAGACGAAAGCAAAGGCCCUAUAUAUGCAGUCUUAAACAAGAGAAGAGGUAUAGUUGUUGGAGAAGAAUAUGAAGAUACACUCUCUGUGAUAUAAGCCCACAUCCCUGUAUCUGAAAGCUUUGGACUAGACUAAGCCCUGAAGUCAGCCACUCAAGGUAAGGCUAUACCUGCUCUCUCAUUCAGUCACUGGCAAGUAGUUUAAGGCAAUCCACUUGACCCAGAAUCAAAAUCAGGUAAGAUCGUCAAUGAAAUAAGAAUUAGAAAAGGUUUGAAUGCUAAAAUACCAGAACUCAACAACUAUCUUGAUAAACUUUGA